CCCCGGCAUGUGCUUCGCCAGCACCCGUUGCGCCACCGUUGAGCCCGGCAAGUCCUGGGACUUGGCCCCAUUCUGCGGCAAAUCCACCUGCGUCGUAACCGAAGAAAGCCCAGCUCUGCUCGAAUUGGUUGAAGACUGCGGACCAUUGCCUUUGGCCAACCCCAAGUGCAAACUGGACACUGAAAAGACCAACAAAACCGCCCCAUUCCCUGGAUGCUGCCCCAAAUUCGUAUGUGAAGAUGGUGCUAAACUCGAAUACCCAGAGUUGCCAAAACCCCAAGAAGAGGCCGCUGACUCAACAACCACCAAGGCUUAAGUCUCUUAAAUAUAUCUGAAUUUUUAAAACAUUUAUUUAAGUUUAGAUAAAAAAAAACUCAUCAUAUAAGAAACAUUCCACCACCAAAAUAGAAGAUAAAAACAAAUGCAAUAUCAUGAAAACAGCUAAAAUUUCCUUUGGAGUGAUGCUAUUCAUAAACCAAAUUGGAUCAUAAUCAACUGUACCUAUAGAAUUAAGUUUAAAAAUAUAUGAUAAGAGAUAUUUCAUGGUGAUAAAUUAUUUUGGAGAUUG